GGAAAGAACAGAACCAAAAAAAAAAAACUACUUGCUAGGUUAAUGAUCUGUGAUUUCUUUCGGAAUUCCUAAAUUCAUUCCAAGGGCUCCUCUACCAAAUCAAAUCAGGCCUCUAGAGGAUUACGUGUAUAGUCUGUUCGUGCUACAAGAAUAAUAUUACGCGAUGGCAGACGCAGCAACCCGAGAGCAAUCUGUAACCAAAGUUCCAAUGAUAUAUGUUUGUGGAGAGUGCCAUAGAGAGAAUGAAAUCAAACCAAGAGAUCCUAUCAGAUGCAGAGAGUGUGGAUAUCGUAUUAUGUACAAGAAACGAACAAAAAGGUUGGUCGUUUUUGACGCACGGUAACUGACAAGGCAGCAAAGAACUAUUCUUAUAUAUAAGUAAGUAGGUACCUAAAAAAGAAUGUGUAAGGUUUUCCAUAUCUUUGUUAAAUAAAUAUUUUUUAUA